AUGAUUUCUGAAAGAGUUACUGUAUUGUUUAAGUCAGAGGAGUCUCUGAACGAAUGCGUGUUGCAGGAUGAGACCUCUUUGAAGCUGAUGGAAUGUAUUGAACCAUACAUUAUUCAAAGAAGAUUUGAUUUAUCCCUAGGAGAAGACGCCGAUGAAACACCAAUGCGAUUUACUUGGAAAAACGAUACUAAUUCGUUGUAUGUGAUUGGUCCUCAUUUAAACUAUGGUGCUAAUCUCUAUAUUGGUGGUGAUAAACAACUUUUGAAAUCAAUGGACAAACAAGAUAGUAUACUUACACCUACUUAUAGAUUGUAUCACCACAGGGAUGAUGUCAAGAAUUUAUUCGAUUCUUUCUCCAAAGAGCUUAAUUUGAAUGUUAAUAUAAAUGAUCUAAUAGAUUGGGAUUGGAAAAAUAAACAGUAUGAUAUAGUAAGUGUCAAUUCAACUUUACAGAUUAAUGAAUAUUCUAUAGUUAAGCCGAAUACAGCUAUUCCUAAGAUUUCAAAGGAUCAUUCUGCCACAUAUCUUACAAUUGAUAAAUUAGAAGUCGGAAUGUUUUAUGUAGAUUUAAUUGAAGCAGAAAAUAUUAACCUUACUGGAUUAAGAUGUUUAUGGGAAGAAGGAGAGAAAAAUUCCAAAAUUGAAAAAUGUUUAAAGACUUCACUGUUAUACAAAUCUGCUUUUGCACCAGUGAAAACUAGUGUAUCUAAUAGUAUUAAAGUAUCAUUAGAGGAACCAAUCGGACUACAUCCAAAAUUAAUCAUAGAUCUGUCUAAUACUACACAUCAAACUAAAUAUGACCAGUGUGAAUACUACCUAUUUUCUCAGUUACCUUUAGAACUAUUUGUCGAUAAAUUCCAAUCAGAACCCGUCUUUAUAUUUGGUGAACAUAACUUGGAAUCCCCUGACUACAAACUAUUAAAUAAUUCAUGGGGUUCAGAGACACUCUUUGGUUUGAAGAGUGAUGAAAUUAACGAAAUUACAUUCCAUUCUAGAUACAUAUCCCCAGAGGAUGGAAGGCCUGGUUUGAGAGAAGUCAGCUUCACACCUGAAAUUAUAAUUGCAUGUGAUACUGGAUCAGAUUCGAUUGAUACAAACCCUUUUUAUGCUAAAGGAAUGGGAUAUGAAUCGUACUUUACUAAAGAUACUGUCUUUUAUCCAUUGAAAUUUGAAUCAUUAGUUGUCCCAAUACCCUAUCCAAGUUUUGACAACUACAAACACGUUGAAUUAUUGACUUCAUCAGUUAUAAUUGUAUCUAUAAUAUAUUUGUUAUACAAACUUUUUGGUCCGGUGACAUCAAUUACAAAACCAAAACCUAUGAAUAAGCAAAAGAAGGAUAAUUAA